UGAAGCUCUGGUGAAAAACCUCCUUCAGAAGCUCUGGUCGGGAAUCAGACGACCACCCGCCGAACCCACACGCCCCCUCCUCCCUUCCCACAGCCAAAAUGUCCUCAUCGUGUAGGCAGGCCAUUCGGCCGCUGCAUCGAUGCCUGAACAGAGUCGCCACGCCCCUGCCGAUACGGAGAAGUCUGUCAACGACGCCCGCCCCUGCCGCCGAAGUGUACAAGGUGUCGCGCGAGCGCCCCGAGACUGUCGACCCCGUCGAGCUGGACCCCAACACAGCCGUCGCACCGUGGGCCGAGAAGGAUCUGUGGAAGGCGGGCACGCCGCCCGUCGGUUCGAGACGUCGCCGUUAUGCUAUCCGCACGAGUUCGAACAUCCCCUUUGAGCAACUGCCUUACCAGGCCUUCCAGGAGGCGCGCAAGAUCCUCGCCGCCGACCGCGAGGAGAAGCUGCGUGCUAUUGUGGAGGAGACGGAAGCGAUCAGGUUGUUGGAGGGCUUGAGUGGUGAUGAGGUCAGGGGAGGAGAGAGGAUGCGUCAGAUGAGGCUGUCCAGUCUGCGCAAGCAGGUCGAGAGAUUGAAGAUUCUGGCGGAUAUCAACGAUCCUGCCGUCAAGAGGCGGUUCGAAGAUGGACUCGGUGACAUGAGCAAACCCAUUUACCGCUUCCUUGCCGAGCGCAAGUGGCAAUCCUACGAGGCCAAGAUGAUUGAGCAGCGUAUCCAACAGCUCAACAUCAUCCCCGACAUUCUCCCCAAGAUCAAGCCGACCUACGACGUCCAGCUCUUCUUCCGCCGCGCCAAGGUGCCCCCGGGCAAGAUUCUUCCCAGCAACAUCUCCGAGGUGCCCCCUCGUCUGCGCAUCACCCCUUUCAACGCAGGCGAGCGUCUCGUCUCCAUCGUCAUCAUGGACUCGGACAUUCCCUCCGUCGAGACCGACGGCUUCGCCAAGCGCUGCCACUACCUCGCCGCCAACGUCCCCGUCUCGCCGACAGCGACGUCCAUCCCGCUCUCCAAGAUCCGCGACGAGGCCCAGCUCGCCGUCCCCUACCUGCCCGCUUUCGCGCAAAAGGGUUCCCCUUAUCACCGCCUCUCCAUCUUCAUCCUCGAGCAGGGCGACCAGAAGCUCGACACCGCCCAGCUCAAGAAGCUCUACCAGAGCCGUGACGGCUUCUCCCUCAAGUCGUACCGCGACAAGUUCAACCUCAAGCCCGUCGGCUUCAACAUCUUCCGCACCAUCUGGGACGAGAACACGGCCGGCGUGAUGGAGCGCGCCGGCGUGCCGGGCGCCGACAUUGAGUUCCGCCCGAAGCGCGUCUUCUCGCUCAAGGAGCCCAAGAAGGCCCGCGGUUGGGAAGCCAAGCGCCAGACCGCCAAGUACAAGCACCUGUGGAAGUACACCAAGCGCAUCAAGGGGUACUCCAACGCCAAGGGCUUGGUCAGAAGGAAGUAGAGGAGGCAACAUAUUCGUGCGUGUUUGUAGGACCAGAGAGGAGGACGGACACGAGUAUCCAGGCGGUCAAAUCACCGAGCCGGGAAGUAACGCAGCGGAAGAAGCUGGAAGCGAAAAUGGGGGAAGCAAGUGCGGUGUUGUUAAAAUGUGUAGAAUACGUGUACUUUAUGUCCUAUCAUCUGACUGUAGAUGGGUGCAGUCCCAAGGCUGCGCGGUUGUUAUAGAUCACCUACUGUCAACUCUG